AUGUACGGUCAACUGAAGCUUUUCUAUGAUCAAACAAAAAAUGAAACCAGAGCAGAGCGUUUAACCUUGCUAUUUUCCGUAUUGGCCACACAAUUGAAUUUGAUGGUUGAUGAGUGCCAAAAGAUACAAUCUUCAGUUAUAAAUAUGUUGAUUGAUAUCAACCAUGGACAUAUAAAUACCGAUCUGUUAACACCAACACAACUGCAGAAAGAAUUAUUGCAUAUAGAAAAUGUUUUGCCGAAUAACCUGAUGCUUACUGGAAAGGAAGGUGGUACUGAACUCAAAGAGGUAUACCAUGGGAUGAAGGCGAAGGGCACUAUUAUUGAUAACCGACUCGUGGUUCAGUUGGAAGUACCAUUAAUCCAGAAACAUAAUUCCGAAGUGUAUGAAUUAAUCACACUUCCUGUAGACGUCAACAAUAGCGCCGUUAUGCCAAGAGUAGAAGAUGAUUAUAUAGUUUAUAACUUUGCAUCUAAUAUGUACUUUCUAAUGUCAGAAGGGAAAUUAAAUAAGUGCGAUAAAAAUCUUCAAGGUCAAUACAAUUGCACCGGAAAUAUACCCUGGAAGCCAGCCAAAGAUCGAUCUUGCGAAGUAUCAGCGUUAAAACAAUCCCGGCAUGCUGAAUGUACAUUCGAAGCGGUACCAAGGAAAAGCGUUUGGAAGCAGCUGUCUUCAGAGAACAAUUGGAUAUUUUCAGUAUUUGACAAUCUGGUUUUAAUAGUGGAUUGUGGUCAGAAUAAUAUAAGCUGGAUUACAUUGCCACCAAAAGGCAUACUGAAACUAUCAGAAGGAUGUACUGCUACAUACGAAGGAAUAACAAUGUCAGCUUCUCAACGCUUGGAGUCGGAAGUAAAUUCUGUUAUACAGGCGUCAACAUGGGGCAUAGAUCCAGAAGAAAUUGAAGCGAAAUUGGUUAAACCAUUUGAUGUUACUAUUAUUAACAACAGCAAAGACAUCGAUCAUCUUAGAAGGGAAGUGCUGAAUAUGAAGGAGACAAAAAUCGAGCUUAAGAGGCUGCAAUUUCACACUAUAUCCGGACAUACAUCUCUACUAUUAAUUAUUGUUCUUAUAUUUAUAUUAAUUUGUUUAGUUAUUAAGCACAAAUGUAGUAAAACAGAAGUAGUUAAAAUAGAUUUUUCUACACCAUUACCAUUGCGGGCCCGGCAAAAUGUUCAGAAUUGA